AUGGUGCGGGCCGUGGUCGAGGCCGAGGAGGUCAUCUACCUCAGGGUUAUCGCGGUGGUAUUAGCCGCCGUGAUUCAUCACAAAAUCAUGGGCGCGGGGGAAGCAGUCAACACGACAAUCAGCAAAAUGAUACUCAACAAAGUCAUCCUAGAAACGCAGACGCAAGUUCCAAAGACACCCAGCUCUCCCGCUUCUACAAAACCAGCGGCUGAGACUUUGAGGCAACCAACGACUCCGUUGCCCUCAUAUCAAUACGAACUUCUUACGGACGACAAGAUACAAACGUGGAAAGCGCGCGGACGAGAUGAAAUUGUCCAGCAUGGCAUUCAGGCUCGAGAAGACGUCGACAUUACGGAGCUUUCCAUGUUGUUCCAAGAGUUCAUUCAAGCAGUAUUGACAAACAGAUUGGAGGCGCAGGAUGCUGGGGCAUGUGUCAAGGAGAUUAUGGGCGAGGAAACUUUGGAUGCUGUUGAAGAUGACUACGAUUUCUCCCCUCAUGCCCUCCUGCUUGACUCCUUGGCCAUCAUGAUGGACAUUGAUUCAAGCAUGUAUCAACCGAAGCUUCGCGAAUUCUUGAUAGCGACCGAGGUCUCUCCCGCGCUGAUGCGCCAGGUCUUGGACGCCCCGAUCCUGCAACAGCUGGGCUUGAUCAGGGACAAUUUCGCCAGGCUCGGUGUUCGCCAAGCUACGAAUCUGUUGUAUCGCCAGGCAAACUAUAACCUGCUCCGCGAAGAAACGGAAGGCUACUCCAAACUAAUUACAGAGCUGUUCUCAAUCAACAGCAUAACCCCGCCACAGCCAGAGCUGGCUGAGCAGACCUUUGAAAGAAUCAAAGGACUGAUUGGUACUUUCGACUUGGACGUUGGGCGCGCGCUCGAUGUGACACUUGAUGUUGCCGCCGCUGUAUUGAUUAAGCAUUACAAGUUUCUAGUCAAGUUUUUGAGAGUCAGUUCGUGGUGGCCGCGUUCGCACUUGAGAUACGACUCCUUCUACUACGGUGGCCUGCCCCCAUGGGCGAAUCCUGGCUACAUGCAUUGGACCACGACAGAGGAAGAUGAGGCCCACAUAGCCGAACACAAACGGAAAAGGGACAUUGAAUUUUGGGACAGAGCUAGGGAGGUACACCUUGCUGCCUUUUUCGAACUGGGCGGUAGGCAAAUCGGUGGCUCCGACCGGCAACAGGUCAAAUCUACUAAUGGUCAGCAGGAUAAAGAGGAUACUGAUUUCGAACAGCAGUGGGUGGAGGAAACCCAAACCUUGCCUCCUCCAGGCAACCGUGUUGCCGCACAGCUUCUCGGCUUUAAGCUAUUGUUCUACAAUUCUGAUCUGCGCGACGAAACUGACGUUUUGCCUGCAAACCUGCUCUACCUCGCGGCUCUGCUGAUUAAGAUUGGAUUCCUUUCUCUUACUGAUUUGUACCCCCACUUGUCACCACCCGAUGGUGGUAUGGAACGAGUUCGCGAGGAGGAAGCAGAAAAGUUGGAAAUCCAGGAACGCGCGGCUCGAGGCGGUGGUCAAAUGAACGCACUCUUAAUGGCUGGAGUUCUUCCGCAAGGAGACGAAGAUAUCCCGAAUGCAGCAAGCGCUCCAAGAUGGGACUUCGUGAAGAAGAUCGAGUUGGAACAAAAGCAGACGAUGAAAGAUGAAGCCGACGACAAAAACAAGCUCCCAGAACCACUAGAACAGAAAGUCUCUUUACUGAUCCAACUACUCACCAUCGGCGCGAUACCGGAGUCGCUGUUCAUACUUGGUCGGUUUCCCUGGAUACCAGAAGUCUUCCCAGACGUUCUCCAGAGAAUACAUCGCAUCCUUCACGUCUGCCUGGAGAAAGUGUACAGCGACACAAAACCGAAAGCAAACACGUCCACGGAGUGUCCUAUUAAGCAGCUCCCUGACAUAGAUCAGUCAGGCAUGCCCAAAGGCAGCGUGCGGCUUCACAGACCAAUGGCGAAAAAACAGUGGCGCUGGCCAUAUCCGGAGAUUUUCGACGUCAACGAAAAUCAAAACUACCGUUUUUAUUGGGACGAGUGGACUGACAAUAUACCGGUUUGCCAAUCGGUGGAUGACGUGUUUACGCUAUGCAACACCUUCCUCAACCUGUCCGGAGUGAAUAUUGGCAAAGACGAAGCCUUGCUAUCUAAAUUGGCCAGCAUCGGAGCGAAGAGUCUAGCGGUUGAUUCUUCAGAUGCAAACCUAACACGAUGGCAUGACCUCUUGCGCAGGCUACUGCUACCUGCACUCAGUCACACCAAGGCGAAUGCAUCUGUCGUCAACGCCAUUUGGGACCUGUUGAAAAGAUAUCCCCUGACUACAAGAUACUCGAUGUAUGCAGAGUGGUUUGAGGGCCAGAUUUCCCGGCUGCCUGCUAUGAAGGCGGCUUUUGCACGAGCCAUCUCGGAUACGCGAGGCACAAUGAAGCGCGUUUCCUUGACGAAUCUCGGUGAAAUGGCCAAGCAGCUUGCCAAAACAAGCUAUUCGUCUCCUGGCAUUGUAUUCCGGGUCGCCUUUGAGCAGUUGGAGUCUUACCCCAACUUGAUUGAAGCCUUUGUUGAGUGUGCCAAGUACUUUACCGACCUUUCCUAUGAUGUACUCGUCUGGUCAUUACUCAACUCUCUGGGAAAGUCGCGCAGCCGUACACAGGCCGAGCAUGCUCUUACAACGAGCAAGUGGUUGCAAGCUCUUUCCCGCUUCUCGGGCAAAAUUUUCCGUCGAUAUCAGCUCCUGAGCCCAACCCCAGUUUUACAAUAUGUCGAUGAUCAGCUAUUCCGCGGCAAUUCUACAGAUCUCAUCAUCCUCAAAGAAUUCAUUUCUACCAUGGGCGGUAUUGUGGACGCUGCGGAUUUUACUGAUUAUCAGAUCUUGUCAAUGGCUGGCGGCGCUUGGCUGAGACGAUAUACUUUGAUCCGGGCACAGGAUCGACGAAUCGAGAACGCUAAGAGUUCCAAGCGUCUCAUCCAAGCCUUGGUAGAUUCCAAGCUGGCAGCUCGGCUACUUAUCAACUUGGCGCAAUACCGACAGGUCGCAAUAUUCCAAAUUCCAGAGGAGGAGGCCCAUAUUAAGUAUCUCUCUGCGGUUGUGGAUGACUCACAUCAGAUUUUGAUCCAGUACCUUGAUUUUCUUUGGAGUAACUUGGAACCUGGUGUUUUUGACGCUAUUGUUCCGUCUGUUUCCGAGCUGAUCCAAUCGUUUGGCCUGGAUCCCAGCUUGGCAUUCCUCAUUGGUAGGACGAGCCUUGCCCAUCGCAUCUUCCCGUGGAAGGAAGGGAAAACCAAGAGGAAAGAACUUGCUUCAAGGUCCACAACUGACACUGAGGGUGAUCUGAACAUGUCGGAGGCCAAGGCUCAGAGAGAAGAACUUCUGGAAUCGAAAACACAAGAAAAGGCUGGCGACAGUGAUGAACCGAAAUCGAAUGACGUUUCACUCACUCGGACGACAAAUAACAUUCUUGAACCUAUCAUUGACGCCGUCCGAGCAACUGUACGACCGGAAGUGUGGCAAAAGGUAACUCCCGAGUCGUACGUCACUUUCUGGGCAUUGCAGCUCGGCGACCUGUGUUUCCCCGAAGAGGUUUACGUGCGAGAACGUCAACGCAUCAUGAGCGAGUGGCAAUCGCUCUCCAGCGACAGGUCUGAUAUGAGUCGGAAAGCGGUUGACCUCCGAAACGAAAAACGAAAAGAGCUUAUGGACCUGCAAGGUUACCUGCUCGAUGAAUUGAGCGAGCAUGGACUGCGCAAAGCGAAAUGGAAGUACUUUUUGACGAGGCAGUUCCAGAAUUCUUUCCCAGAACCGUCUGCCAAGCCAGAAAGUGUGGCUGACAUCUUGCUGGAGCAAUGCUUCCUGCCCCGUGUCCUCUUGUCUCCUGCUGAUGCAGAGUUCACAUUCCGUUACAUCAAGGCUCUGCAUGAGUGGAAUGCGCCAGUCUUUAGGCUCAUGCCGUUUUAUGACCGGCUUUUCAACGCAAACCGGCUUCGGUCACUGAUUUUCACUUGUACCGUGCGAGAAGCAGAGCACUUCGGCCGCUUCUUGAAGCUAAUAUUGGAAGAUCUGUCUAGAUGGCACAAAAACGACCUGCUGACCGUUGACAUGGAUGGUAAAAAUGCAAAGGACGGAGAUAAGAUGGGCGCCUACGAUAAGGAAGGCAAAGGAACCGCCGACCAUCCGCAUUUUGGUUUUGCUCUUACCGUCAACGACGAGGGCAAGCCGGAAACGUUUGUGGAACAUGCGCAAUUCAGGGAUCUCUUGUUUAGGUGGCAUAAGAAUUUGAACAUGGCACUUAAAAACUGCCUGGGCGGCUCUGAAUGGAUGCACAUACGAAAUGGCAUCACGGUUCUCAAAACGGUGCUUGACUACUUCCCCGCCGUGGAUUUCAUGGCGACUCAAUUCACAGCUCAGCUCCAAAAUAUCACGAGACGGGAAGCCGUGACCAAAGCCUCGGCUGAUGAUGAGGAGGGUGGUCGUGUCGAUCUGUCGGUUGCAGCUCAGGGUGCAAUGUCCGAACUGCAGCGUCGAAAGUCCAAAUGGGUCAUGGUACAAGCUUUCCGUCAGAAUGCCGCUAUCGGAUCUCGGCAGGAACCUAGUGUAGCGAUGGGCUUCGACUUGCGACCAAAUGCCCCUGAUUUUAAACCUCAGGGUGACAGGGCAUCCAACGGGAAGACUAGCACGGCGGAAGAAGAAGACGGAGAGGUUCAAGACAGAGAAGCUGCUAAAGAGACCAACGCCAGCGGCACAACCAAGGAAACAGUGCUUGUCAAGCUGACCGCCCCUGCGCUUGACCCUGCCAAGCACGCUGUGACACCCGAACAGUCUCGACCCUCCACUCCUUUGCCCGUCGUCGCUAAGAAUGAGCGUAUUGGCCAUAGGUUGCCGGAGCGCCCAUCGCACAAUCUUCCUAGUCGUCCUGACGUGCCCAUACCCGGUCAUUUCACACAGGACCGUUUCAACCAACCUCGUGGAGACCAUAAUCUACGCAGAGAUGCUAGGGAGUCUCGCGGUCCUCGAGAUUCAAGAGAGGCUUGGGAAGCCAGAGAUGGCCGUGACUUGAAAGAACACAGAGAUUUCCGUCUGUCCGACUCGGAGCGUUCUAAUCGUGGGCGUGAUGCUGGCGACCGGCGCUCAGCAGACUCCAAGGACGAAGGUAGUCUCAUGGAACAGCCGACAUGGCCAACGCCACAGGAUCGUGAAAGACAGUACCGCGAACCACGGGUGGGCAGGGCAUACGAUCGUCCCAAGGAAGCCUCUACGCCUGCUUACGAGGCUUCUCCGCUAUCCUCGUCAAACGAGCCGGCAAUGAAUCCAGAAAGAGCAGCCCUCUUCGCCCAGGACACGGUAGAAAGACAAUCCAGAGGAGGGAUGACGGCGGCCGCGAGCGUGGCCAUAGGGGCCAGUCUCCACGACGCGGGAGUCGACACGGCAAUGAACAGACCUCUUCCUCGGCAGUUUUCGACGACCGGAAAGGACGGAAUAUGGCUCAAGACCCCCGUCACAGCGGCCGUGACCCUCGAGACCAUUCCCCUCUGUCAGGUGGCUUUAGGAGUGAGCGGCCAGUGGACAGCAGGGAGAGUGAGCGUCCUCAAGGAGGAAUGCCGCGCGAGCUGUCCGGAUUCCACCGGACCGGGGGACGACAGGUUGAUUUUGAUGAUCGUCCGCCCCCCUACCAAGACCAGAAUUACGGACGGCUCAACCCUGUGCCGAAUCAAAAUCUCGAUAUACCUUCUGGUCCGCGAGGAAGAGGGCGGGGGGAACUUGGGCCCCAUCAGCGAUGCGUCUUCCGGGCAUGCCAUGAAUUCAGUACCAGCAUCUGGAGUUCACCCCGAUCGCUUAGCUCAGCUGUCUGGGCCUCCUCCCUCUGGACUGUCUCACAGUAUUCAACGUCAUCAUGGCCAAGGCGUGAACAGCCCAGAUCGACAAAGUCACAACUCUCGAAGCGCACCCGGCCCCGGCCCCGGCCCCGGCCCCGGCCCCGACCCCGAAAUGGACACGCAGACUGGCCCAACACCGAUCGAUCGCCCAGGACGGGGUGGCGGUAGACGGCAGCUUGCGGGUAUAAACAACACUCUUCAACAAGCGCAGGCCCAUAUGCCAGAGCUGAAUCGUGCUCUUGCACCUCGCAACAACCAGCCACGGCAGAUGCUGGCCAAUUCGGAUGUUCAAGUUCUUGCAGGCGGGUCGCCAACGCCGACGCCGGGGCAAGAGCGCAAUGAUACCGUAUGGAGCUUCUCCAACGGCGGCGAGAACCAAAUGAGACGUGACGCUGAUCGACCGCGUGUGGAGCAUGAGGGACGAUUGGACAGAUCUAACCGCCCGUCUCGCCGAAGCAGUGGAGAUCGUGAGCGCGACAGCAAGGACCACGGUGAAAGUCGCGACAGACGCUUCAUAGGUGGGCCUGAGGCUACUGCAGGAAGGGAGGAGCGUGAUUUAACACGCCGACAGCCUCGUGACACCACCGCCGGACAUGUCUCGCAAAGCGGUGGACGAGAUGCGAUGGGAGUCAGAGAUAACCGACACCGCAAUGAAGGGCAGAACCAUGGUGGAAGCUGGGGGAACGCUGGUACGGGUGUUCGCGGGGGACCUCGGGAUGGCAACAGCCUGCCUAUUGAUAGGAGAGAUUAUCGAGAAGACCGAGGCCGCAAGAGGCGAAGCGAGGAAGGCGUUGGAAACUUGGCCAGCGACCGCGAUAAGCGACUCCGACGAUGA